GUUGGCACAACAGUUUGGGUGCAGCGUCUGGGUGUUCAGGAGGCGCAGGUGCGCGUGGCGUCUAUGCGCAAGUUUCCACUUGUGACGGGAAUAUUUUGGCCCCAAUUCAUCUUUGAGUUUUGGCAAGUUUGAGUAAGAUGUGCAUGGAAUCUGGUUUCUAAAACCUUGUCCUAUCCUGUCGGGGAAAUUUAGGAACGUUAGAGUGGUAUUAUCGUGGCUGAACGCCCUCCUUUCCUGAUUGGUUCUUGGCCGAAGGCAGGGCUGUAUAAAUACACUGAAGUUACGCUCUUUCUCUCUUUUUGGAAGCUCCCAGCUUACUCGCUAUAAGCAUGACAGCUAUCAGGAACCUCUGCACAGUAGCCAAGCGGGCCCUGCUCAGCAGCCCUGGGUGUGUCUGCCAGCCUUCAGCAGUGGCUGUUCGCCACAUCAGCUUCUCCCCAAGACAGGUGACGUCUGAUGCCAGCUUCCAUUCUGUGUCUUUCUCAGAAACGGACCAUCCCAAGGUGCUCAUCACAGGUGGCCUGGGGCAGCUGGGAGUGGGGCUCGCCAUCUUGCUGAGGAAGAGGUUUGGAAAAAACAAUGUCAUUCUGUCUGACAUUAGGAAACCUCCCAGCAAUGUGUUCCACAGUGGUCCCUUCAUCUACUCGGACAUUCUGGACUACAAAAACCUGCGGGAGAUUGUGGUCAACAAUCGCAUCACGUGGCUGAUUCACUACAGUGCCCUUCUCAGUGCCGUCGGAGAGGCUAAUGUGGCUCUAGCACGUUCUGUCAACAUAACUGGCCUACACAACAUCCUGGACAUCGCUGCAGAGCACGGCCUCCGCCUGUUUGUCCCCAGCACCAUCGGUGCCUUUGGUCCUACUUCCCCACGUAACCCUACGCCAGAUCUUUGUGUGCAGAGACCUCGGACAAUCUACGGUGUCUCCAAGGUCCACGCUGAGCUGAUGGGAGAGUACUACCACCACCGAUAUGGCCUGGACUUCCGUUGCCUUCGUUACCCAGGGAUCAUCUCCGCUGACUCCCAGCCUGGAGGUGGAACAACAGAUUACGCGGUCCAGAUUUUCCACGACGCAAUCAAAACUGGCAAAUUUGAGUGCAAUUUGAAAUCGGACACCAGGCUGCCCAUGAUGUACAUCGACGACUGCCUGCGGGCCACGUUGGAAGUGAUGGAGGCGCCCGCAGACACACUGAGCAUGAGGACCUACAACAUCAAUGCCAUGAGCUUCACCCCAGAGGAGCUGGCCCAGGAGAUCCAGAAGCAGAUGCCUGAGCUGGACGUCACGUAUGACGUUGACCACAUCAGACAAGCAAUUGCUGACAGUUGGCCGAUGAACUUCGACGACUCCAACGCAAGAAACGACUGGGGGUGGAAACAUGAAUACGACCUUCCGGAGCUCGUCCAGACAAUGCUUAACUACAUUGGUACAGAGACAUGCAUGGCUCGCGUUAACUGAGCGCAUCAGUCUGUGUAUUCUCUUGAACAUGAAAAGUAUAGACUGACCAAAGAGAAUAGAGGAACACGGCAUGUACAUAGUAGUUCUCUCUGUAAAAUCAGAAGGGCUCUGCUUGCCUGGUGCAAGGCUCUUGUCUCCAGAGUCUAGAACCCAAUGCAAGCCAGCCAAUUGUCCCAGCUCUUGUCCAGCUGCUUCCGCUUUGUUCUUUUUUCUCUUAACUGCUCAGAGAUUGAAGAUGGAGAGCAGAUAUGGUGGGUGAUGGUUAUGGUUAUUCAAUCAAA